CGCCGUGCAUCAACAGGAAGUGGAGUGGUAGUGUUUUCUCUGUUUGUUUUCCGGGUUAGCUGAAGCGGAUUGGAGAUGAAGUCUUUCUGGUUCUUUCUGAGUUUCUUAUUUUCACUGUUUUUGUGUGGCUCGGCUUCCGAUGGAGUUUUAGGCAGCACAGCUUCCUGUCACAAAACCUGUCGAAUGACUUAUAGCCUGCACACUUACCCGCGCGAAGUGGAGCUGUUCGCCUGCCAGAGAGGAUGCAGACUUUUCUCCAUUUGCCAGUUUGUCGGUGACGGUGAAAAUCUGAAUCAGACCAAAUCAGAGUGCGAUUCUGCUUGUAAUGAAGCGUAUGAUGGAGUGGAUGAGCAGUUUGCCUGCAGUCUCGGCUGUCAGAGUCAACUUCCCUUCGCAGAGCAGAGACAAGAGCAGCUGUUGGCCAUGAUGCCCCGAAUCCACCUCCUUUACCCUCUGACCCUGGUGAGGGGAUUCUGGGAGGAUGUGAUGAACCAAGCGCAUGAAUUCAUCACCUCAUCCUGGACAUUUUACCUGCAAGCAGAUGAUGGGAAAGUUGUUGUUUUCCAGACAGGACCACAGGUUCAGUUUGUGUCUCAGUUUGAUCUGCAGAGGGAGGAGCUGAAGGAGGAGCCUCUGAGUUCAGAUCCUGAGAUUAAUGAGCCAGUUUACAGGGAGUACAGUAGGAGCUUUGGCCAGGAGAGACUCGGUGUCGUGGCCCACGAUCAAAGCAGCUGGCAGGAUGACUACAGCAUCUUCAGCUGUCUCUCCAGGAGCCCAUGGUUGCCUGGCUGGAUUCUGACUACUACUCUGUUUCUCUCGGUUCUGGUUCUCAUUUGGAUCUGCUGUGCUACGAUGGCCACUGCUGCAGAUCAUUAUGUCCCAUCUGAGAAGCUCAGUAUUUAUGGAGACUUUGAGUACAUGAAGGAGCAGAACCUGAAGCCAUACCCACAAUCCUCUCUGCGGGUUGUCAGCUCUUUGGUGAAGGAGGAUGAGGCUGAAGUGCUUCCACCUAAACUCAAAGUGGAUCUGACAAAUGUUUAAAUUCAAAGCAAGUCUGGCUGAAGUGUAAAUGUUUAUGGUUUAAGGAGAAUGCAUUAAAGGCAGUGUGUGCUUCAUAUUUUAAUUUUACACCUCCUUUAGUUAAUAGUAACUAUUUCUUCAGUGUGUAUGUGUGAGAGAGAGAGAGAGAGAGUGUGUAUAUGUUGUGAUUUUUAUAUGGUAUUAAAAUGGCCACAGAGUCAUGCACUGCUGGAAGUUUUACGAUGUUUUUUUUUCCUUUAUGAUGUUUAGUUAAGGUCCAGGUGGGUGUGAUUUUAUAGCUUGUAGGUUCAGGUUUCUGUCUUCUACUGGCAUGGAUCUGCCAAAAUGUUUUUAAAAAGAGCAGUGCAUGUUAAUAGAGAAGUGUGAGAAACCUUAUCAGCAAUUUUGUUAGACUCCUUGACAAAAUGAAGUGAGGAAAUCACCACAGUGUGUGGAAAAGUGCUAACAAUGAUGCUAAAUAGAUGUGGUGUUGGGUACUGUGCUCAGUAACGACCUUCACUAAAAAUCCAUACAGGUUGCUGGACAGUUUCAAUAUAAUCAUCAGUCAAAAUGAAUAAGUAAUUUAAAAAGAUGAAAGAUUUAAGUUUGGGUUUGACUUUUUAAAAUUAUUACAGUAAAACAUGUAAAAUUAAAACAUGCAAUGAAGGUUUGUGUGUUAUUUUCUGUGUGUGCGUGGGGGUGGAUGUACAUGGGUAUGUGCAGAUUAACAGCUCAGAGGUUGUUGUGCUAAAAGGUCAUAGAUCCUCCAAAUCCACCAACCCUCACCCCACCAAAAAUUUUCAGGUUAUGGAACUCAUGUUUUACACUACUGAAAUUUUACUGAGUUUUUGUGAUGGGACUUUGUGGAUCUUUAACAAUUUUCCUGAGAUAAACUGAUUUGCAAUUUUA